AGAGAGCGGUCGAGCCGAGCCCGCGCCAUGGAUCCCGGACAAAGGCAAGCCGCCUUCGCAUAUUUUCUGGAUGCCUCAUGGCAGAUCUUCCGCAGUCAGAUGCUGGAGGCUUACACGGAGACGGUGCGCAUGGAGACGGCGGACCCGCUGCGUGCACGGCUCAAGUCCAUGGAGCAGCAGUUCACCCGACGAACUAGCCUCCGUGACUUUCACCUGAACGGGAAUGCGUCAGGAGGUGGAGAGACCAACGGGGAGCCGGAGCAAAAUUUGGUCCUGCCUUAUCACAGCAAGCCGGUGGAGCUACUCGUCGCGCGACCAGUGGCCAUAGAGGAGGUCGAAGUGGUGGAAAGACAGACAAGCGCUAAGGAAGUCCUUCCGAAUUCGCAGCAGGAUUCUGCGGAGAUGUCGAUGGCAGACGGUGACAGCGUUAUCUUCGACCUAGAUGCAAAUGACCAGGAGGAAGUGGACAAAGAGCGCAGUGAUAGUGCCACCCAGGCCAUCAGGCACCGGCUCCAGGUGCGGCUGGGCGCCAUGUCCUCCCAGAAGCUGAUCACCGGCAGGAUGCUGGUGAACACGGUAGAAGCGUUGGGGUUGACAACCUACACAGAAGAGGACAUGAAUGAGUUUGUCUGCGCUCUUGCUGACUACAUCGACUUGCGAUUUGUCAAGAAGGAAGGAAAGAACGGUUUUCGCCGGAGUACUUCUUCCAGCAACGUCUUCCAGUUCCAGGAUGAGGAGAGAGAACAAUUUGGCAAGCCUGUGUGGCAUUGGCCGCAAGAAGGCGAAUCUUGCCAGGUUAGCAAAGACUCCCAGUGGGCCAAGCCCCGCGCACCCAAUCAGCAACCCGUCGUGCCUCUGAAAGUACUCUCAGAAAUCUUCGUGACGAAGGACAAAGAGAUCCUGAAGAAGAUUUUCGGAGCUCACAUGAUGCCGCAGUUUGAGGCGAUGAAGGAGAUCCUCUUGGCAGGGGACACCAAUCGUUUGGUGGCAGAGCUCACCUUUGUGCGGAUCAACGAUUUGGCAGCUCCACCAGAGAAGAUACACCCGCUCAUCUUCAUCGAGCCGUUUGUGGCGGUCCUCAUCGUGGCAAACGGCAUCAUGAUCGGCUUUCAGACCGACCCGCGCUGGGAAGAUUGGUCUGGCUGGAUCUACCUCGAGUUGGUCUUCGCGGCGGUGCUGAUCUUCGAGGUGGCGGUCCGGGUGUAUUUGUCGGGGUGCAAGGGUUACUUCUGCGGCCUCGACUGGGGCUGGAACUAUUUCGAUCUCUUCUUGCUUGUGACCGGCCUGACAGACAUCGUUGUCGAGGUGGCAGUGGCAGACGGAGUCGACAUGGUUGGUGCUUCACUCCUUCGAUUUUGCCGGCUGGUGCGACUGGUGCGAGUGGUCAAAGUCUUUCGUGUGAAGCACAUGAAGGAGCUGCGGCUAAUGGUGAAAGGCCUGGUCGGCGGCUUCCGGACGCUCUUCCUGUCCUUCGCGCUGCUCUUUGCUGUGCUCUAUGUGAUUUCCGGCUUUGCCACCAUGACCAUCGGAAGAGACAAGCUGGUCGCCGAACUGGGGCUCAUUGGGCAUUUCGAGAACAUUCCGGCGUCCAUGUUCACGGCCUUCCGGUGCUUUUCCGGGGAGUGCUUCGCAGAGUCAGGGCAGCCCAUUGCUGCGGUGUUGGCGAACAGCCACGGCGUCUACUUUGUGAUGUGCUACACUGCCAGCUACAUGCUCGUUUCCCUAGGCAUCUACAAUGUUAUCCUGGCGGUUUAUGUGGACAUCACUAUGCGGGCAGCGAAGGAGAGCGAAGCUGUGACUGCGGAGCAGCACAGCCGAGAGUCCAUCCGCAUCGCCCGUACCACACGCGAGCUUCUGAAAAAGUUUGCGGCAGCCUACCGCAUUUUUCAAGAUUCUGACGACCAUGGCCCCGGGACACGUUUGGACUUUAAAAAGAACGAGAGCAGCUUCACCGAUGAGGAUAUCCACGAGCGCAUUGCCAUUACGAAGGAGCUCUUCUUGCUCAUUAUUCAGGAUCAAGGCGUGCAGUUCCUUAUGGACGAGCUGGAGCUGCCGCACGACCGCGCCAAUCUUUUCGAGAUCAUUGAUGCGGAUGGCAGCGGCACUCUCCAUGUCACGGAGCUGGUGCAGGGCUUGCUGAAGAUUCGCGGAGAGGUCAAGAAAAGUGACGCGGUGGCGACGCUUUUGGCCACCAAAGCCAUUCAGAAUAUGCUCAACGAAUUGAAGACGGACGACCAGGCAUUCCAAAAGCAGGUCCUCAAGAUUCUUCAGCCGAACAGGAUCUCCCUUCAGUCUCACCAGCACAGCUUGAGCAAAGCUCAAAGUCUUGUUAGCAGAGCAGGAGAGCAGGACUGGUCCCAGAGAUCGGACUAACCCGGAGGACCGCACGGGCGUUCCUCUGACCAGUUGGCUCCGGAUUUAUCUGAAGUUCGCUGGGGUCUCUUGCUUUCUGACUUUUUUG